AUGCUUGGGCUACGUCACUGGGUCGUGACGGUGCCGGAGGACGAGAACGGCGAGGCCGGGUGCCGCGGCACCGCGUUGGCCGCGACCGGUGAAGGGGGCGAAGAAGGGCGGCUUCCCUGGCCCUGGGAGUUGGUGCGGUGGAAGCGGCACUUGAAGGACCCGGCGUGGGUGGCCGGCGCGCAGACGCACUUGGAAGCAGGCCACAUCCUCCGCGUAUUCUUGGAGCUGUGGCUAGCCGAUUUACAUGAAAUUAAUUCCCUCAGAUGUGGUGGCAAAUAUAAUACACAUAAUCCAUAUUGUUAUGCACUAGCGUGUGUGUGA